AUGCCGUUGCUUGCGGAGCGUCCGCGCUCUUCGCAAGAGGCGCUCCUCCGCCUCGAGAAGGGCACCGCCAAUCCCACCACCCAGCUAUCCGACGCGGCGCAGAUUUUAGGCCUGGAUUUGGCUCUAUGUGAAAGCCACCCGGAGGUCCAUCGGGAUGUUCGAAUCCAAACAAACGCUACCCCGAAGGAAGAAUGGGUUCUACGAUGGCUGUUGAAGAGACUCCGAAGCGGAAAGAAUUACAGAGUGGACGCGGCUUCGUUCCUCUUAUUGCGACAGCUCAUCAAUCUGAUCCCGGCUAAAAACCUUGCCGCUGUCCUCAAGGAUCAAAAAUUCUUGUUGAUCUUAUGUGAUACGUUUGCAGACCUGGAAACCGACAUUUUUGCAGGCCUUGGGAAUGGACUUGCGACCUUGAGCUCUGACUCGGAGUCCAGUCAUACAGUGGGUGGCUCCCCGGUCCGUGACGAUCGCCAGGGCAAAAAGCGCAAGAGAAUGACGACCGAGACGGACGCAGACCCCGUGGAACAGGAUACACAACGACAGAGCCCCGCUGCAUGCUUCCUUGCAUUUAUUCGCGCAUUGGAUUGUCUUCAUGGGUUCACGACUCUUUCGCAGCGCAUACUCAGUACUGAUGCAGUGGCAAAUUCACACCUGAAACUUGCACUGAGGGGGGAGCCCGAGGCUGUCGCUAUGCUGCUGGGUCGAUCAUUCCGGGUGGCCGCCAUGGCCGCCAAGCAAUUCUCGCACGCUGGACAAACAACCGAUCUGCAGCACCUGCUCUAUGUGUUCCCAUCUGUGGUGGAGUUGUGGGAAUUGAGGUCGUACCGCGAGGACGACGCGGACAAUAAAUCUAGCAACGAAUUUUUCGCAAGGCACUGCUUUGCUCACGCGUUGAGGCUGCAACACUGUGUGCGGUCUGUCAAACUCGAUACCGAUGAGCGCGCCCACCUUCUUCAUGCAAUUGAGCGCAUCAUAGCUCUCCAUGUUUUACUUCCAGCCCGCGCGGCGUUCUUUGAGCGUGGAGGGUCUGGAAUUGACUAUUCUAAAGAUGAGCCUGAUUGGAGUUCAGUCAAACCAAUCACGGAUACAUUCAGGCCUAUUAUUCGCGAAUUCGCCGUGGCCAAGGAAAACAAGACAUCUAACGACGGAUGUGUCCAUCCCUGGCGAUCAGUCGAGCUACUUCCCGAGCUUUUCGACAAUGCCGUGCGUGCUGUUCCAAGAGACGUGUUUCGACGACAGACACAUGAAGCCCCAUGGCUGGAGACCUUAUUCGUUGCUGUUGCCGAGCUUUCAUUCUCUACAGCAAAGGAAGAAGACUUUGCGACAUUCUCUUUCAAGUUUAUCUUGGUAUUGGAGCAGCUUCUCCAGGUAGCCUGUGACCGAAACGUCGGGCUUUCUUUGCAAACUAUCAUGGCCCAUGCCAAUUACACCGGCCUCUUUGAACAGGGUCUCGAAAAGGCUCAAUGGAACGUGACUGCAUUAUUCAUCAGUCUCGGUGUUGAUAUCUUCCUCCCAAACUCUGGGUUGCGGGAUUCCGGUAAGCUUCUCGAUGCAUUGCUCGACAAAGUCAUUAUGCACUGGCGCGAAAACGGCACCCGAAACAAGAGGGAAUACAACGUGGUCAAAAAUAAAAUUGUGAUCCCACUGCUGCGGGGUUUCGCUGCGGCAAGAGACCUGCCUACCUUCAUGGAAGUGUGGCACAACCAACUCAUCGCCAUUGAAGAAGCUCGCCAAGAUAACGGAAACCUGAGUCUAUUUUCUGUCUGGGAGGACGAUGAUCUUUCGAAUGUUUAUGCGGAGCUGAUGCGAACCUCUCUUACGGAGUCCCAGGUUGCUGCUCAAAUGGUCACCGCAGCUGAAAACAUAAGAGACGAAACGGGCAAGGUUGCUGAAAGUGCUCAAGCUUACGCGAAACUGGUCAUUGUUGAAGCAAGCUUCCGUGGCCGUGUUUCACCAUUUUCGGAUUCUGACAAAGUUUUGUCUUCUCUUCUCGAGACUUUGAGUUCUACACUUUCCUCCAAGCAGGCUUUGCACUGGCGCUGGCGUUUGUGGCGCUUGCUUCGCAACCUCCUAGACAAUACCUUAGAGUCAGCCGACACUACACUCGCACGCUCAAUCAUUGGAAUGGUUGAAGUCGCCGAAAAGACCAUCCAUCGCAACCACAAGGAUCUGAGCAAAAAGCAGCUUGCUUCGUUGGAAUCUUGGGAGGCCUAUCGUUUCUCAAUUGUCGCCAUCAAAGCGCCUGCCAGUGACGCCUAUCUCAGCUCUUUCAUCAAGACCUCCAAGGAUGUGACAACUCUCAUCACCUCUGUCUCAACCAAAGAUGCCAAGAAAUCUAUGAAGGCGCCAUGGGAUGGCCGCACAGAGACUGUGAACUCAGACCCCAACCUUGCUUUGGCCUAUUUCCUGGCACUCGUCAGAGUCCCUGAGGUGUGGUCUCUCAUUGGUUCCGAUGAUCGAUCACGUCUUUUCCAGCAUAUCUUGUCUCUGGCAGCUGCCCAAUAUCGCUCAUCUUCGUUACCUCUGGAGGCGGUCGCUGAGGAGGCAAGAUUCCUUCAAGCGUGGGCUAGUGUUGUGUGCCACGAGUACAUGCUCAAUGCCCCCUUUGUCGUCUCUGAUUUAUCCCUUCUCCUUAAUGAGAGUAUUGAGCAAGACUCUUCCAAUCGCCGACUCCUCAUCGAAAGUCUGCAAAGAGUGCCGGCUCCGUUGAUUACGAAGGGUCUCAGAACCAACAUCUUAAACAAGUUGCAGAAUGUGUUGCUCCAGCAAGACAGCUCUCCAGAAGUCUUGGUUGGCAUUAUUACCAUGAUGGCAAAACUUUCCGCAAUGCCGAAGUGCGACGCCACACUCACCAGUGAUUGGGAGCCUAUCUGGACCGUUGCGCGCGCGGUGCCGUUGGAGGGUACUGAUCUCGACCUUCUAAUCAUGAAGGCAUUCCGAGGCUUGUACCGUACCAUUCUCGCCAAACUUUUGGUUCUGUCCGAGGAUGACCGGAAGAAGCUGUUCAAGAAGCUCUUCGCCAAAGUAUCGAAACAAACCUCGAAGAUGAGACAAGUUGACCGUGACUCUAUGGCCUGCUUCCUCUUGCGAUUGACUUUGUCAGAACUCUGGAUCCAUCGCAAGCAGUUGCAAUUCGCGUUCUCGGAGAAGGAACUUGGCGAGUGCCGCCAGAAAGUCUUCGACUUAGUUCUGGCUGACAUGAAGUACGUCAGAGAUCAGUGCAAGAAGGGCAAAUUGGAGGAGACAAUCACUCUUAUCAAAACCAUCGAUGCACUCGAAGAUUUCGAAGACCUGGCCACCAACAACAUUGAAGUGGAAAAGUUCUUGUCGAAGAUCGAGACUUACAUGGAAAUGUCCAUUGAUUCAGGCCCUUCGCGGUUGAUUCGACGCCGGCUUCUCGCCAGCAAGGGUCCGGAGAUGAACAUUGCUCAACCAGUCUUGCAAUGCGCCGAGACCCUCAGCCUCCAAUCUCUAUAUGAUGAAGACCAGCAACUUUUCAUCCGGACGACCACCGAACGCUUCCGUUCCAUGCCAAUGGACAGAAUCACUCAAGCGAUCUGUGAAAUUCGCGGGCUUGGCUUGCUUGGCCAAAACUCCGGCUACAGGCUUCUUGUCAUUUAUCUUGCCGUCGCCUCCCUGCCCGUCGUGGAAGACAAAGAGAGCGCCGCGGCACGGGAGAUUUCCUUGCUUUGUACGGCCCUGGCUGAAGCUAUCCCGCAAAGCACAAGCAUAGACCAGUUCUGUCUCGCAUCCGAGUGCCUCGAUCAACUCCUUCGCAGUCACACUCGUUGCUUGUCUCAGUGCAACAUUGACGCCAUCCUGGCCGCCAUCGCAAGUGCGUCAUCCAAGAUUGGACCACAGAUCUCUUCUACCUACGCCCCAACCAUUUACACUCGCCUCUGUCGCCUCAUGGGAGUUGUGCUCAGUCUCCAGCGUCUCAAGAUCGGUGGUCGAUUCCACCUCGUGGUCAACGCUAUGCAGCGUCUCCUAGGCUGCCUCUUCGCUCGCUCCCGCAAGCGUGGCCGUUCUGCACGCUCUCAGACAACCCUCUCCCAGCCCUUCUGGCUUGCUCCUCUCGACUCCUCGCACGCUACCUACUACACCCGUCUGCUCACCUCGCUCUGCGAUCCCACUGUGUCGGCAGUUCUCCGUCCCCAGGCUGGUGCCUCUCGCGAUGCGCUGACCGAUCAGACGAAGAAGGCCAAGCGCAUCGCUGGUCAGUACCUGCAGUACGUUGUUAUGGAAUAUGCGCAGUGUUCGCUUCGCGGGUCGCUAUCCCCAGAUGUCAAGGCUGCCAUCAUGCCUGGUCUCUAUGCUGCUUUGGAUGUCAUGUCUCGUGAGUCUAUGCGUGCGCUGAACGCCGCGCUAGAUGUCUCUGGUCGGGCUGUCUUCAAGUCACUCUAUGAUGAUUAUGUCAAGUUCGGCAAGUGGAAUAAGGCCUGA